ACCAACUUCUCAGAAAAACACUAGUUUAAACGGGAGUGUUAAGUCCGAUGUCAUAAGCUAAAAUUAAAACCACGUUUGAAGUUAUGUAGAACUGUAAAUUCUUACCUUGCUACACUUCACCAAAAGACAAUGGAUUUCCGAGUGGUUUGUCUCCUGGCCUCCCUCGUGGUUUGUGAUGGAGCUACUUUCCCAUCUGGCUGUACCUAUCAGGAAUACACCAAACCAAUCGGGGUCUACACCUGUGACUUUACCAACGCCUCAUUUCCCGUGGCACUGUCAUCUUUCUCCAGUCCUAACCCACAGAGAUUGAAAAUUACGUUUUUCAACGGUAAUUUGGUCAGUUCCAGCGUGUUCUCUGGUUUCAAUGCGUACGAUGUAUCAACGUUUGAUACAAACUACCGGGCUUCUCUUGAAAUCUCGUGCGCCACCUCCGGAACACUUGGUCUCUCCACAACCUCUUUCACCGACAUGACCUAUAUCCAGGAAUUAAGGAUAACCGGUUGCAACUUGGACAGCGGAAUUCCAGCUAACGUUUUCUCCGGAAUGCAACUGGACUAUCUGGAAAUCGACAAAGGAAUCAUCGCCUCAACGGAUUCUGCCAGUCUCACAGGUUUAACCAUUGCGAAGAUCUCCACCGUCCCGAACCCAAUUGGAGGAUUCACGAUACGCAACGCCCAGCUGACGGCGGGGGAGCUGGCCGCUAACUUCUUCUCCCCGUUGACUUCCGCCGUCUCGAUAACCGUGGAUAAUGCUAACUUGAUCAACUUGACCAGUGGGAUGUUUUCCUCCAACACAGCCUUACAGACCAUCAACCUGUCCAGGAACAAAUUCACCAAGGUCUCCUAUAACCUCUUCAGUGGGUUGAAAUCUCUGACCUCCAUCAACAUGUCGUACAUUGACUGGGACUGCACAUGUACGGAUCUAGGAUUCCAGCAUUCUCUUUCUUCAAAUUAUAUCAAUUUGCAUGGAAACAUCCAGUGUAUGACACCGACAAGCUAUCAAUAUAUGAAAUGGACCCAGUUUUAUUUCAAUGAGUGUGAAAAUAAAGAUUACUGCUUCGGAGUCCCAGGUUCUGUAUCCGGCGUCUUCUGUUACCAGUGGCACCAGAUUUUAUUCUACUUCCUGUUGAUGAUCGCAUUCGUCGCGUCUGCAAUAUCAGUCUUCAUUGUGAUCAAUGUCAGACGCAAAAUGAUGCAAAUUAUUCGUGAAAUUGAAGCCAAGAAGAGAAAGGCCUUCAUGAAGGUUAAGGAAGCGCUCGUUCGCGGGAGAGACGGACAGCAUGCUCCGGCUGCGACGGCCAUGAUGGGCAUGAAGGAGCGGAAGUGGAUCGAGACUACAGUACCAUAAUAGAAGAGUCGAUAAGGAGCCUAUAGAGACGGAUUUAAGAACUUACAGGCAUAACAUUCCUGCAACGGUGCCAAAGUAUUUCAAAUAUCUUACAAAAGUAGCUGCUACGUUAAAAAAUAGAUGUUUUCUAAUAUUAUGCUUGCUUAUUUUUGUACAUUUCUAUGAUAACUGCUUGAAAGUUUAUUUAUUAAUUUUAUUUGAUGCUUUGUUACGAAUAAACGUGAAUAAAGUAUCAAGGUUG